GGAGAUAGCAGGCUUUAAUUUGCCCUCUUAGGCUAACUCGCUUUGGGCUUUGGUUCAGGAUGGACACCUCUUCGAUUUCUCGGAGCCGACGAUGCUCCAUCAUGCGCAACUGCAAAAGUAAGUUUGUCUCUAUAUUCUUUGGUUUGGGAUACAUCGACGCAGACAUAGAUCUAGUGCAAUGCUGCUUUUCAUAAGUUUUGCAACAAUUUCUAAGUUUUUAAUCUAAGAAAGCUUGCUAAAGAUAAAUGUAACAUCGACUUUGAUAUAUGAUUGGAUAAAUGAUUAAAAUUAGAAAGGAAAACAAUGUGCGACUUAAAUGGUUUAAUGUGAAAUGGAAUAUAACAGGAACUUUGUAUUAAAGCAAAAAAAGAGCUGCUAAGUUUUGACACUUGUGUGAUUAUGCUGUGCGUAAAGGUCGGUGCGUAAUGUCGAGACAUAAACUUAAGUUAUUGUAGAAACACGCAGCUGUAAAGUUUAGACAGUUGAGAUUUAAUGCCAACCGAAAAUACCAGUGCAGAAGUCUCAAAUGUACACGGGUUUGCAUUCAAUAUGCUGGUGUGAUAAAUGAAAACGGAAGAUUUCAGCACCAGACAGCUCCCGCUCACCUCCCUCUCUCCUUGCUCUCCUUCAGGCGGUCUCUCCCUCUGGCUGGUGGUGUGGCUGGUCCUCGGCAAGCCAAGUCCGGCAUCGGCGUGCCCGCACCUGUGUGUGUGCUACCCGACGCCCAUGACCGUGAGCUGCCAGGCGCAGAACUUCACCACCGUCCCGGUCGGAGUGCCCUAUGAGUCGCAGCGUGUAUUCCUCCAGAACAACCGGAUCACGGAGCUUAGAGUUGGCUCUUUUGGCUUCGGGACUCAGGUGCUGUGGCUGUUCGCCAACAACAUCACGUGGAUUGAGGGAGGGGCAUUUAGUGAGCUGAGGGACUUGGAGGAGUUGGAUUUAGGGGACAAUCCCAGCCUCCACAGGCUGGAGGGGGGAGCCUUCCGCGGACUAGAGAAGCUCCAGAGCCUCCACAUGCAUCGCUGCCGACUUAAUGCCCUGCCCCAUGACAUCUUCCACAAGCUUUACAGCCUGCAGUUCCUCUACCUGCAGGAGAAUAAUCUUCACUUCCUGCAGGACGACAUCUUUUCUGACCUCAUCAACCUGAGCCAGCUUUACCUGCAUGGCAACCGUAUCCGCACCCUGUCAGAGAACGUGUUCCGCGGACUGGUCAACCUCGACCGCCUUCUCCUUCACGACAACCGCAUCAGGCAGGUGAACCGUCGCGCCUUUCGUGACCUUGGUCGCCUGACCAUGCUCUUCCUCUUCAAUAACUCCCUGGCUGAGCUACCAAGCCAGACCCUGAGGGACACUCAGGGCAUUGAGUUCCUCCGCCUCAACGCCAAUCCCUGGUCCUGCGGGUGCGAGGCCCGCGCCCUGUGGGAGUGGUUCCGCGAAGCCCGUGUCUCUUCAUCGGAGGUGAUCUGCGCCUCUCCUUCCACCCGCCGCAGCCAGGACCUUCGCUUCCUUCGUGAGAUGGACUUCGCUCUCUGCCCCCUGCCAGACCCUGGCUCCAUUGCCGGCUCCACCACCACCACCUUCAGCACCAAAACCCGCUGGUGGUUCCACAAGAACAAGCCCCAGUCAUCAACGAAAGGUCUCUUUGAGAAAUCCUCAGAGACUGUCAAAGCUGGUUUGUACGGGAAAGGCCCAUCCACAACCACCUCAGUAGUCAAGUACGAGUUGGGGGAGGAAGAGCUGGCGCUGCCCAAACUCGACGAAGAAGAGUACUGGGUAAACUACGGCAACGAGGACUCAGGUGUCACCCUGCGAUGCAUCGAGCUUGAGUGUCCACCUGACUUCGACCUGCCUCCUUCUUCCUCCUCUCCCUCAUCCUCCUCGCCAUCUUUUUUCACACUACUAUCCCUUUCUCUUUUCAGCCUCUGCCUCAACCUACACCUGCUAUUCGGCUGAAUUUAACUCUUGGUACGACAUCCUUUCCAGCCUGUUUUAAAGGCUGUGAGGAUACCUGUUAGACUCUACACCCCCUUUGCCCGCUUUGCUGUAAGCCAUUCCUCAAGGCACAGCGAGGGAGAUAGGGGGACGGUUAGAUUCUGAAUCUACCACCUACAGGGCGUAACACUUUUCCGGGCUGAUAAGAGUUCUUCAGCGAAGCUCAAAUAUAUCGACAAUACUCUACAGGUAUGGCUUUCUGUGUCUCACCUGUAUGGUGUCAUAUUAUGAUUCCCUGCAAUCAGGGCUACGAGGACUGAGUCCAUCACUAAUGUCAGUGCAAUUUGAUAGCAGUCGUGAAUGAUGUUGUCAAUUUUGUCACUUCAACUUAGUUAUAACUGCUAUUGCUAUUAGUGCAUCCAAUUAACUGGCUGCUAAUACAAUUACUGUUAGAAUCAGUGCUCAGUAAUGACAAUACUGUAACCACUUAAAGUGUCAUGUAAAUAGGUAUGUAUUUUUGUGAUAUUUGAUAUCUGUGGUCCACUACAAUCACUUUCAUCUUCAUCCAGCAGAGAAGGCUAGUGCUUCUACAGGACAGAGCACAGUGAGGUUUACGAUGAAACAGAGAAGAAAAGACAAUGUGCUGUGAGGCUGGGAGGGAGGGAGAAGAAAAAAAGGAACGCAGGAGGGAUGUCAACGAAGAAGGAAGGGAGGCAAGGAUAUGAAAGGGAGAGAAAAGGGAAGGGUUGUUCCGAGAACUAGCAUUACAAAGAGGAAGAGAGAAAAGGAGGGAGGAGGGGAACAGUGUCCACGCAGCAAUAAGAAAAGAGGCAGUUAGAAUACAGCGAGACGCUGCAAGGACAGUGCUGGCAGUAGAAGCAGCAACUUGCAGGAGAUAAGUAAUAAAUCCACUCAUCCGUGGUUGUCUGAUCCAUCCAACUCACACCACUGCACCAUGUUCUGUAAACAUGGUGUCGUUUGAGACAACCACAGGGAAAGAAUGCUUCCUGUCAGGAAGCUGGAGAUUUGGGUUUUUGGAUGUCUUUCUGUGACAUAUUGAUAUACUGUGUAAAGAUUGUUGAUUUGGAUGCAGAUGAAGAUCUUGAUAAAAAAAUUCUCAGAAUAUUUCUUGAAUCAUGCUUUUUCUUGGGGCAAUAUUUGCAGAACUUACUCAAAACCAAUAUUUAAGGUUCUUUAAAUGGCCAUUUUGUGUUGAAAGCAAAAGAAAAGAAAAAAUUGUGGGACAAAACAACUAAAAACAAGAACACAUCAAAAAGUAGCAGAUUAUCGCUGUGUGACCAAACCGUGAAAACUGGAAGGACUGGCCACAUGGACCUGAUGUCACAGUAAGAGGUGUUCAGAAUGGCUCUUGCUGUGAUGAGUAUCUGUCUUUGUGUGUCUGUAAGGAUUCACAAGCUGGCACCUCUGCAAAAGGCAAAUACGUCAGUAAGUUUGUCACUCGACUGACUCAUCGGUGGGCGAUGCCAGAUGGACAGACGUGGUGGAAAUUGGCUGACUUGUAAAUACACUAAGAGAGCAAUUAAAGAGUCUGGUGAUUGUCAAAGCCAGAGGGAACAGGAGACAAAUUAAGACUGACACACUGCCAUGCAGACAGAAUGAUGGAAAGAUAGUGUGAAGCGGUAGAGGAGUGGGCUUAAAAGUCAAACCUAGCAGGGAAUUAGUUAAUGCUGAGACUGCAGAAAUAAUAACAAGAAAUGUUCUGAGCGAGCGAGCAGCGGAAAUAGUGUGAAAAAAGGGAGGAGGGGGAAUUACCAAAUAUAGGGAUCCGCUCUCUCCUUCAGCAGUGGUUAUUAAUCCUUCCCUCUUCAAAGCAUGUGCCCACAUUGCCAUAGGAAGCAAGAUACAGUAGGGGUGCUGAUGUAUGGCAACUCCUUUUUCUUUUUAGAUAUGAACAAAGUUUUCCAAAAGCUUCCUCCAUCACUCAAGGCCAGAUAUAGGAUGGAAGGAAAGGAUCCGUAGCUCCAAUAGAGGUGAUGACCAUAAGGCCGAGAUGUAGUAGGAGUGAAAGAGUAGGAGGUAAUGUUAGAGGUACGUGCACGCACGCACGUACACACGUACACAUGCACACUAAGGGAAAUAUUCAGCGUCAUCUCUCUGUUUAGUCUCUUAUUGAGUUGUAUGGAGAAGGUCAAACUGAGCCCGUGGCCAUGACAGUGAGGUUGCUGUCAGAUGACCAAAGUGCCAGUUAUACCAUUUGUUUCCUUGUUCAGUUCAUGUUUUGUAUCUGAGAAAGAAGUCAAAAAAUAUAGGAUAGAUUGGCUUGUUUAGCAUUUAUUUUUACUGUAAAAGAAAGAAAAAAAACUUCAUUGACAAAUGCAACAUCAAGAAAGAAUGAAUUCAUACUUGUUUUAACAAAAUGUGUAUUUGUAGCCGUUUCAGUCUGUGUUGGCAAUUGUCCAAUGAAAGCAACCAAAGCGCGCGCGCGCG